CACGCUCGUUCUGUUUUUAGAUGGCAUGGCUUCUAGGUUAACCAAUGCGGUCUUGUACGCCUCUAUCCCAGAUCUAUCCAUCCCAUACUUCCUGGCUACUGCGAUCACCGAAGGGGCCCGUCGCACACACGGCCGUCUGAUCAUCGUUCUCACCUCACCCGUAUUCGCGGACAGUCAGGCCGUCUCUCAUGCCGCCACUUGGAAGCUAGUACAAACGCUGCUUACGUUCGUCUACGUGCAAACGACCAAAGUUGCGCAGGAGAUGAACAAGAUUCUAUUGGAAGUGGAUGUGCUCCUCCGCGGCCCUCACGACGCGGCGCCGGAAUAUCCCACUCCGCCGGAAGCGGUAUUUUAUGUCGAUGGCGAUUCGAUUGAGAUCCCGUCCGCUUUCGCUACGCUCCCCCGUUUCGUACUUCCGAGAGAGAGCGCGCGGAGGACCGAAGCAGUAGUACUCGACACCGCGCACCAUCACCCCUCGAUGUAUCCCGUCGUAGCUCUGGGUGGGACUUUCGAUCAUCUCCAUGCGGGGCACAAAAUCCUUCUCAGUGUCGCCGCAUGGCUUGCGUCGUCCAAGCUCAUCAUCGGCAUCACGUCGGAUGCUCUACUCACUCGCAAGGCAUACGCGAGUGUCCUGGAAUCGCUAUCCCAACGCAAAUCGGUGACCGAACGGUUCAUGCGUGCGUUCCGGCCCGAUCUUGUGUACGAUCUUGUUGAGAUCAGUGAUGUUUAUGGCCCAACUGGAUGGGACCCAGACAUCCAGGCCCUGGUCGUGAGCAAAGAAACCCUUUCUGGCGCAGAUGCCAUUGCCACUCAUCGCGCGGCGCAGAACCUGCCAGCUUUGGAGACAUUUGUAAUCGAUGUUAUAUCGGCUACUUCGACUAGCCUCGGUGAAACGGAUGCUGAUGCUUUGCGACAAGCGAAGAUGAGCAGCACCUACAUUCGCCAAUGGAUUGUGGAGAAUCAGAGGUCCACUUGAGAGCUCAGUUGUGAUCCAUAUAUCCCACCCGCCUUGUAACUGAAGCCCAUUCUGUAUUAUUUCUCUGGAUGUACCAAUUCUCCGUGAAUCUCACGAUCGUGUACCAACCACGUGCUGUCAAGAAGCCUGCCGAGCCUGCCGACGACGAUUGACACAAGUACAUAACUUGCAUGUCAACCAUGAUGAUUUCGAUUCUGGGGGUCUCACUACUUCUCGGCUCUUGACCUCGACAUGGCUCCUGUCCGUUUAUCUAUAGCAUGCUGGGAUUAUGAUCGCAUGAAAGCUAUUGAAGACGGUCGUGUGAGGCCAGAGGGUAUCGAAUUGACGUUCUUGAACCUUAGGGUGGAGGAAACGUGAGCGGACUUUCAUCUCGAGCGGACUUCUUUUCCGAUGAAUUUAUUGUGCAGCUUCUUCCGCCAGCUGAGAUAUCAGGAGUUUGACAUCAGCGAGAUGUCCCUGUCGUCCUAUGUGCUCACGCUCAACUCUGACGAUCCUCCGUUCAUCGCACUGCCGAUCUUCCCGUCGCGAAUGUUUCGUCAUCAGUCGAUCUACGUAAACCUCAAAGCAGGAAUCCAGAAACCAGCGGAACUUGCAGGCCGCCGCAUCGGCACACCCGAGUUCCAAAUGACUGCGCCUGUCUGGCAACGUGGCAUCCUGCAAGAUCAGUACGGUCUGCAGUACGACGCCCCGCAUUACUUCACGGGGAAUGUCGAGCCCUCGACCGAAGAGCGUCACGAGAAAGUCCCUCUGAAGUUGGCGGAUAGCGUCAAGAUCCAGCCCAUCCCGAAAGGAAAAUGUCUCGCUCAGAUGCUGGCUGAUGGGGAGAUCGACGCACUCGAGAGCGCAACCGCGCCGUCGACCUUUGGCACGCACCCUGACGUCGGUAGAUUGUUCCCAAACGCACAGGAAGUUGAAAAAGCCUACUUCAAGGAAACUGGGAUUUUUCCCAUCAUGCACGUGAUUGCUGUGAAGCGCUCGGUUCUGAAGGAGAAUCCGUGGAUUGCACGGUCGUUGACCAAAGCGUUUACCAGCUCCUUGGAAUAUGCCUAUGACGCAAUCCACGAAAGAGCUGCUCUGCGGUCAAGAUGGUGAUAGCAUCUCCAAAUCUCAACUCGCUGACUCGCUCGCAGCUACAUCUUGCCAUGGAUGCAAUUCCAUGUUGAGGAGACACAGGCCGCGUUGUGCGUUGACGGGCAGGCCAAGUGGUGGCAGGAUGGGCUCACCACUCAGAAUGUCCGCACUCUGGACAAAUUCCUCGAGUAUUCGUUCAGCCAAGGUCUGGCAAAGAAGAAAUGGGAAGUCAAAGAGCUGUUUGCUCCGGGUUCCCUCGAGGCCUUUGUCGUGUAACUGUAGAUCCGAGGGCUCGAUUUUCAGCUCAAAUCGGUCGUCAUUCUCAAUUCAAUUGGUUGUGCAUUACCCCUUGCCAUCUUUGAGUUAGUGGGCUCGUCAUUGGCAACGGCGCAAGCACUUGACUGAACGCAAGCGAUGAAUUGGAUUAUUUUCUCUCUCAAGGAGUGGUGCAAUUGGAAAAAACCCUAGCGGGAGGUCCAAAGACAUUCUGAACUCUUCUGCUGAACCCAUUGUCGCUCAAACACAAUGAACUCGUUGGCCAACCAUGAACCCAUCAAGCCAACUUCUUUCCAACUUCCUACUCAUGACUUCUGGGAUAGGAAAUAUCUACUCAGCCAUUGAACACAAUGUGACUUGUGUCUGGUCCAAACGGUAUCCGGUCGACUCGUUAUCUCUGCUGGUUCUCUUGGUGACUGUAUCAGAUUUCGAAGUACCGGAACUGCCUCAGGACCAGUCUCACAACGGGGCUCCAACUCCAACCAUGGGGUCCUUCUAGUCUCGAUCGCGUGGUGUGGAUAAAUGACUACGCAGCCAGCACGUCGUCCUUACUGAACCGUCUGCCGCGCCUCGUCUUCGAAAAUCUCAUCUCUCCUACGGUCGUGGCAAGUAUCGAUCUGAUUCUCUCGCAAAGGUCGCACUCUGCAUCCGAGGUAUUCUGGGUGGACAAAUCUUGAUGCAGACCGAAAUCACGACCCACAUCACUCCGAGCACGGUGGGCAACAAUUCGUUCCCCUCGUUCUCCUCAUGAAACCGAUCGGCGAGAUAGAUUCGGGAUCUUCGGGGUGGAGCUGCAGGAAUCGAUUGGGACCCCGGCAGAUCCCAUCUCGUCUUGUAGAUGUAUUGUACAUAACGAAUUCAUGCGUGCAUUACUUAUCGUCUUGUAAGAUAUCCUCCAUCUGACUUUCCUCGUGAUCUUUCUGCAGCGCGAUCAAAAAGUCUUGUAGCCCGUCCCCUUCCAUGACGGAGGUAAGAUUCAUCAACGAGAGCCCGAUACGAUGAUCCGUAACACGCUCCUGGGCGUAGUUGUACGUGCGGAUCUUGUCACUGCGGUCGGCGCUCUGGACGAGAUUCCUCCGGCUCGCUCGCCGCUCUUCCAUCUCACGAGCAAGCUUGACUUCCA